AUGGCUCCGGACGCCCUCCUACGAGUAUUCUUACCCGUUGUACCAAUAGCAGUGUCGCCUGGCACCCUCGCCAAAUUGGCGUUUGUUCCACAUCUCUCUGACAGCCCAGUUAGAGUAGUAUCGUCUUUGGGAGACUCGUCUGAGCGCUCCGAGGCUCUCAGGCAUUUCUAUGUCUACCCGGGCUCUCAUGUGGAUGUACGGGCAAACGUCAUAUCGGCAGGCAUGCGAGGCCGACCUGUACUAUGGUCAUGGAGGAGAGCCUUCCCCCCCUAG